AUGGACACUGGUGCUAUGGACGCCUCCUUCCACCACCUCUAUGGAUCUCUUGUCUUUGAGGAGUCGGAAAACGAUGGCCCCCUAUACCAACCUGCACUCACAAGACAGAAUUCCUUCAUCCAACACGCAACAAUUGUCCAUGCUGCUUUCCACAAUGCCACCAAGCAUCCCAACAAAGUGCUCCUUCAAUGGGUAAAUAUCAGCUGCAAAGUAGUAGAGUCUAUCACCUAUCAGAAACUUUGGGACAGGGCUAGAGCAGUGGCUGCAAUGCUACACCAAAAAGGCGUCCAGAGAGGUGAUCGUGUGAUGAUUUCUUAUCCUCCCGGUCUGGAGUUCAUGGUUGGGCUCAUUGGAUGCAUGAUAGCUGGUGCCAUUGCAUGCAGUGUUUAUCCUCCCAAUCUGGUGGAGCCAUCCAAGACCAAGUACUCGCUUCAGCAAUUCAGAAACCAAGUCAAUGAUGCGGGAGCGAAGUUUGCCUUGACCACACGGGAAUUCAGGAUGCUGGUCAAACUCAGAGCACUUGGACGAACCCGUGUAACCUGGCUAGUGACAGAAAAUCUAGUCAUCCCAGAGGACCAUCACCUACAACUUCCAAACCCAGGAGAUGUUGCACUUAUCCAGUAUAGCAGUGGAAGCACAGGAGAGCCCAAGGGGGUCAUGCUUUCUCACCAGGCCAUUAUUCACAAUGUUUGUGCUAUUUCUAGGAUAUCUGCUGAUAUGACUGAUGCAAAUCUUCAUGGGGUGAACUGGAUGCCGCAAUACCAUGACUAUGGACUUUUCAAUUUCUUCUUCCCUGCUGUGCUCGGCCGUUUUUGGACUGCAACAUGUGCAUCACCCAUUGACUUUAUCAGAAACCCUCUGUUGUGGGCUGACAUGAUAGAAAACUUCAAAGCUACACACACAGCUGGUCCAAACUUUGCCUAUGGCCUCCUUGCCAAGCGAAUGAAACAAGCUAAUCGGAUGCUCAGUAAGGAGGCCCAAAGGAGGUUGGUUCGUGCCAACAUUGCUGCAGAGCCCAUUUCACCAAAGACAAUUGAGGACAUGGAAGGAAUCAUUGGCUUUUCUCGCAGUGCUAUCAAUCCUAGCUAUGGUUUGGCUGAGUCUUGUGUGUAUGUAACCUCAUGUGUUGGCCCUGAGGUACGGAUUCUUGAUGGGGCUGUAUCCUGUGGCAUGCUGGAACGAACCAAGCACUACAACAAGGGCCUAGUGAUUGUUGAUGAUCCCACCAAAGGCACAAUUGCCCCAGAUGGGCAGGUCGGAGAGAUAUUCAUCCGAGGGCCUGAUCUAGCUCUUGGAUAUUGGAACAAGCCAGAGCUGGAUCACCUGUUUCACAAGCGGCUUGAUGAUGGAAUGGAUUACAUGGGCACAGGUGAUCUGGGCAAGGUGGUUGAUGGACGGCUUUACGUUGUGGGCAGGGUGAAGGAACUGAUCAUCCAGAAUGGCCGCAAUAUCUACCCAACUGACAUUGAAAGGACCAUUGAAGAGAAUUAUGCCAAUGUUGUCCGUCCAGGGUCAACUGUGGCAUUUCAAUGGUCCGAUAACAGUAUUUGUCUUGUUGCUGAGAUCCGAGAGGAAUCUGCCAGUGGUCUGGAUGAAAUGAGUGACCAUGCCAUGAAGGUCUUACUACGUGUUGUGCAUGGUGUGGAACUAGGAGCCAUCUACUUGCUGAGAAAGGGAUCUGUCCCCAAAACCACUUCUGGGAAGGUCAAGAGAGUCCAAACCAAACAAGAUGCCUUUGGUGGAAUCUGGGACAAAAAGUCAAGAAAUGUGAUCAGAAAAUGGAAAUUGGAAGGACCAGUCCUUGCAGCUGAAACCACUGCAGCAGUCAGUCAUUCCAUUGUCCCCCAAAACCUUCCAUCUGACAAGCUUCCCACCUCUGCCUAUAAUGUGGUGUCAUUGAUCCAGUUUAAUCCAGAGACACUUGAUGGGCUGUUCAGAGAGUUGUAUCUGCAUGAAGUUGAGGAGUUGGAGGAGGCCUGGGGAAAUGCUGACAAGUCAUUGCAAGCAUUCCAGUCAAUGUGCAUUGAUUCCAUUAGAGCCAUUGAAGCAAACUUGCCAUCAUUAGUCCAAUUCUUUCACUGGCUUGAAGAGCAGCCUGAGAAGAUUGUCCAUGGCAAUCCUUUGGAUUUGCUGUCGGACAUUGCACAUGCAGCAUUUGUGAUGCAAUGGGCUACUACCCUGCUUGCCAGUGAUAUUGAACUUCUUCAGAAGAAAGUUUUGAAGGACAAAGAGAUUGAACAAAGAUUCACAGAAUGCCUACAAAAGUCACCAGUGCCCAAUGAGGCUCUGUUUCUCACGAAGGGUGACAGAUUUGAUCCACUCUUUGGAGCACUGGAUUGCUUUGGCUGGAUGAAGCAUCGUUCUGUUCAAUGCAUGAUGGAUCAAAUGGUCAGUGUCAUGUUUGGCUCAACUGAUACCACCGAUAUUGACUUUGCUGAUGGCGUCGACUAUGCGACAAUGAAUAUCCUAGAGGCUGUUUGGAUUGAUCGCAUCUUUCGUCGGCUUGACAAUGCUUUUGUUGGUUCAUGGUUGACACAAAGAUCAAGACCAGUGUCCACAGAAGUUGUUGGCAGUGACUUCUAUCAAGACUUUGACCAUGACGAAUUUGCUCAUGUGUACAAGGUUUGGAACCUUGCUUUCUCUUUUUCUCUACCGGAUACAAAGUGGGUCGUAGCCAAGCUACUGAUGCCGUGUGUUGCUCAAGUUCACAACAAGUCGUUCACCCAAUAUCGAAUGAUAUCUUUACACAUGGCAAGUCAUCACUGGGUACGAGCACACUUGAGUGGAACUGAAACUACCUGCAAAAUAUCAAGAGAGGGCCAGCUUGCUUUGGGCAUGUUGAACCGACAAUGGUUACAAAGUCUUUGUCCCGAUACCACAGCCAGAACAGAUCUUGUUGAGAGUGAGCCCUCUGAGCUUGUUCUCCAUUGGUCCGCCAGAUUCCAGAAGAUCGAUUCUGCCCGUCGUAAUCUGAUGGCGACAAGGUUCCUUCAGGACUCAGCCCCAAUGAAAGAAGAUACGGAUCCGGUAGAGCAUCUUUUUAUGUGCCUAAUGGGAAACUCAAUUGAUAUGGCAAGCACAUGGGAAGAAAAUGGUCUGACUUCUCUAAUGCAUGCUGAGUUGACCAACACAGUCGCAGAGGAAUUCUCCCUAACUCUUCCUCCCACGUUCCCAAUGGUGUUCAGGACUCCAGCAGAGCUCAAGGUUUACAUUCACAGCCAAGCGAAGUCAUGUCCUGCAUGA